AUGGCUUCCUCUGGCGACGAGAGCGCCAUCAUCGCCGCCGACGGCGACGACUGGAUGGUUCUGCCGCUUGCCCGCGUCGGCGCCGCCGAUAACGACGACGAGAGUGUUGCUGCUGCUCCUGCUGCAAGUGCGGGCGGCGAGAACGAGGAGGAGGAAGCGCUCUUCGAGCGGACGCUCGCUGAGCGUCGAGAGCAGAUCGAGAAGACGCUGGCGAAGCUGGAAGGCCGUCGGUAA